GUAUAUAUAUUUUUUAUGUCUGCAUUUUACGUAGUUCAAAAUUCACCGCCUGUCCACACUUUGAAUUUUACGGCAUAUGGUAACUUGCGUUUCGCUGGUAUCGCUAUAGUGAUAAGUGACCUCAGCGCAGAUCCGAUCAACCAAGAUCCAACCGAAAACAACAUGUUAAAUGUGAGGAUAGUCAAAGGUGGCUGCCGUGGUCGUGAAGCCGUUAGGUUUGGAGUGCUUUGGCGAGCAUGUUCGACGCUUAUGAGAAGCAAAGUGGAGACACGGGCCAGAACGCAACAAGUGAGUUAUCCAUCCAAUAACUACUUUGAUGAUGACUUGGACAAAUCCCAGUCUGAGGAGCUGAAGAGCCCAGUGUGUUCGUACAACGAGUGGGAUCCUCUUGAAGAAGUCAUCGUGGGACGUGUUGAAGGGGCUACUGUACCACAGUUUUCCGUAGAAGUCAAGGCAAACACCUAUGAGAAAAACUGGCCAUUUUUCGGCCAGUUUGGAGGCCAAUCUUUUCCAAAAGAGCACCUUAAGAAAGCGCAAGUGGAGAUUGAAGAAUUCUGUAACAUUUUGCGACAUGAAGGAGUCACAGUGCGCCGUCCUGAAGUGAUUAACUUCUCAGAGGUUUUCAAAACUCCAGAUUUUCAGUCAUGCGGGCUGUAUGCAGCCAUGCCACGUGACAUCCUGCUUGUGGUCGGUGACGAAAUCAUUGAGGCGCCCAUGGCAUGGCGGUCUCGUUUCUUUGAAUACCGCGCCUACAGGCCCCUUCUAAAGGAGUACUUCAAAGGAGGUGCCAAAUGGACGACUGCACCCAAACCUCUUAUGUGUGACGCCUUGUAUGAUCAGGACUAUCCAAUACGCACUGUUGAGGAUCGUCAUAGGUUGGCCGCCCAAGGAAAGUUUGUGACCACUGAAUUUGAACCAUGCUUUGAUGCCGCUGAUUUCAUUCGAGCCGGACGAGAUAUAUUCGUCCAAAGGAGUCAGGUCACCAACAACCUUGGUAUUGAGUGGAUGAGCCGCCAUCUUGGUGAACGCGGAUAUCGCGUUCAUAAAUUAUCUUUUGAUGAUCCUAACCCGAUGCAUAUCGACGCCACUUUCAACAUCAUUGGACCAGGAUUAGUACUGUCCAAUCCUGACAGGCCUUGUCAUCAGAUUGAUAUGUUUCACAAGGCUGGCUGGACAGUAGUCAAGCCACCUACUCCUCUCAUUCCGGACACACACCCAUUAUGGAUGUCGUCCAAGUGGCUGUCCAUGAAUGUUCUCAUGUUGGAUCCAACCAGAGUCGUGGUCGAUAAAAACGAGACAACCACUCAAAAGAUGUUCGAGAAUCUUGGAAUCAAGUGUAUCCCAAUUUCCAUCCGCUUUGCCAAUUCUCUCGGAGGAGGUUUCCACUGCUGGACCUGUGAUGUCAGGCGCCAUGGAACCUUGGAGUCGUAUUUUUAGUUUGACUCUUCAUUUUUAUCCUGGAUUUUACAAAAUUGACAUUGCUGUCAUAAUCCAGUAUUCUUAUUUAAGUGUUCAGAUACAUAUGUUGCGCUGAUUGCAGUGAAUUUAUCGGCUCCUCCUGGUUGCUAAGAGGUCCUCAAAGGACGGAUUUUAUGCACCCUUUGAACAACAUUGACCAGGAGUAAAAUUAUGCCUUUUUUAAAAAAUAUUUAUAUGCGUUUUAUGAACUUAUUGCUAGGUGUUGCUUGUUAGCUAGGAGACCAAACACCUUGUAGUUAGUUGUUUUAUGAGAGUGUUAUAACGGAAAGUAAUAAAACAGAUCAGAAAAAGUUGAUCCUGUUUUGUCUA